GUUGAUGGCGGGUAGUUUUUCUCGACAGGAUCUAAAUUAUUAUAACAGUAUUUUCAAUUUUUCCCUCAAACCCUUUCUAUCUCUUUGUAUUUCUGCAUCCAGGUCUGUAGAAAAUUUAAUGGUUAGAAGUUACAAGAGGAGUUUUAAUGGAUUUGCAGCCAAGCUCACUGAAAAUGAGAUGCAAAAACUUGCCACCAAGAAAGAGGUCGUCUCAGUUUUCCCAAGUAGAACUCUUCAGCUUCAAACCACGAAUUCCUGGGAUUUUAUAGGUUUAAAAGAAUCUGUUAAACGAAAUCCCAGUGUUGAGAGUGAUGUUAUAGUGGGAGUUUUAGACAGUGGAAUCUGGCCAGAAUCGGAAAGUUUUAGUGAUGAAGGUUUUGGUCCUGUGCCCAAAAAGUGGAAAGGUGCUUGUGAAGGUGGCAGCAAUUUCACUUGCAACAAAAAAUUAAUUGGAGCUCGAUUUUACUCACCGUUAUAUGCUGAAUAUAAGACAGCUAGAGAUACUAACGGUCAUGGAACCCAUACUGCCUCUACUGCUGCCGGCAACAAAGUAACGGAUGCAAAUUUUUUUGGACUGGGAAAGGGCACUGCAAGAGGAGCUGUUCCCUCUUCAAGAAUUGCUGUGUAUAAAGUCUGCUUGGAGUUAGGUUGUAGUGGCGCAGAUAUAUUGGCCGGUUUUGAUGAUGCUAUUGCUGAUGGAGUUGACCUUUUAUCACUCUCAUUAGGAGGAGAUCCAACCGAUUUUAGUCAGGAUCCUGUUUCCAUCGGUUCUUUUCAUGCAAUGGCUAAAGGUAUAUUGACUUUAAAUGCUGCUGGAAAUUCUGGUCCUAAUCCAGGAACAACAGGAAGUGUAGCUCCAUGGUUGAUGUCAGUGGCCGCUGGCACAACUGAUCGCCUUUUCGUCGAUAGAAUUGUUCUUGGAAAUGAAAAGGAUGUAAUGGGAUUUUCAAUUAAUGGCUUCAGUCAGAAUGGAAAAAAAUAUCCUCUGGUAAUUGGAAGUCAAGUCCCAGGCGGCUGCGCUCAACAUGACUUGACGUGCUCUGACACUUGUCUGGAUAGUAGUUCAGUAGAGGGAAAGAUCGUUUUAUGUGAACAGCCUGGAGGAACUAUUGUAGCUCAUCAAGCAGGUGCUGCAGGAUCCAUCAUUUUAAAAAAUAAUUUUUCUGGCCCGGUUUCCUUUGCCGUUUCUUGGCCAUCAUCAUCGGUGACCUCUGAGGAUUACAACAGAAUCAUCUCCUACAUUAAUUCAACAGAAGAUGCUCAAGCAGAGAUACUAAAGAGUGAAAGCAUCAAGGAUUCUGAAGCUCCUGUUGUUGCUUAUUUUUCUUCUCGUGGUCCAAAUACUAUUUUGCCUGAUAUUCUUAAGCCUGAUAUAAGCGCUCCUGGAGUCGACAUUUUAGCUGCAUAUUCGCCUAUGGCUCCAUUGACCAGGGACGCGAAAGAUAAAAGGCAAGCUAAAUUCAAUAUAAUUUCUGGAACCUCAAUGGCAUGCCCUCAUGUUGCUGGUGUAGCUGCAUAUGUUAAAACAUUUCACCCUACUUGGUCGCCUUCUGCCAUCAAAUCUGCUAUAAUGACUACUGCACGGCCAAUGAAUGAUACCGUAACUUCACAAGCUGAAUUUGCAUAUGGAUCCGGGUACAUCAAUCCAACAGGGGCUUUACAUCCAGGACUUGUAUACGAGACUUCUGAAGAAGACUACAUAAGAAUGCUCUGCAGUAUAGGUUAUGAUUUGAAAAAACUUAGACUUGUUACAGGAGUUAACAGCACUUGUCCUGAAGACUCAGAAAACGCAUCAGCAAAGGAUCUAAAUUAUCCUUCAAUGGCAUCUGAAGUUCCAGCUGGAAAGCCUUUCACGAUCAGCUUUAAUAGAACAGUUACAAAUGUCGGUUUUCCCGCAAAAACCACAUACAAAGUACAAGUCUUUUCAAACUCAAAUGUUGGAAUCAAAGUAGUACCUGAAGUUCUUACUUUCGAGUCAACAAAAGAGAGAAAAUCUUUCGAUGUGAUUGUAACUGGUAAAGGUGUUCCGGCGAGUACUAUUUUCUCUGCAUCUAUUGUGUGGUCUGAUGGGAAGCACAGUGUGAGAAGUCCAAUAGCUCUCGUCGCAAAUGGGGUUGAAUAGAUAAGGAAGAUGAACUAAUACUGAGAAAGCUACAUUACUCUUUGUAUUUGUCCUCAUAUAUAAAUUACAAUUAUCAGAAAUAAUCAUACUUUUCGUUACAAUUAAUUAUAUA